GCGCGCACUAAUUGAAAUGGCGCGUCUGUCCGCGGGCGGCUGCAGCGCGAGCGGCAUCAUGCGUGACGACACACGUCACCGGGCUCCGGAGCCACGGGGAUGGUUGAUGUUACUGAAAUAUUAGAGACAGAAGAAGAGAGAGGGCGGCUGCGCGAGUCAUCACCGAACACAACGACGUUGAAUUCUUGUUAAAAUACAUGUCUGCUUUUCUCUGCUCGGUUCGACAACUGGAGAGAAGAAACGAGCCGCGCGCUUUACUGAAGCCUAAUCCCGCCCCGGGGGGUCUGAAGAGCCGGGGGCAACUUUAGGAAUCAGCCCUCCUCUUUAUUCUCUCAGAGGAGACCCGCACAGCCUUGUUCAGCUGCUUCUGGACCGGUAUCUUAACAUUUAGACCCCGGGAACGGAGCAGACGCACGCCGGUCUCCAUGUCUUCUGUGUCGGUAUCUUCUCAGGAGGGGCGGAGCAUGUCCCGGAUGUCUCUGAGCCGUUCCCCCGUGUCCCCCCUGACCCCCCCUCAGGGCAUCCCGUCCGCCGCCCAGCUGACCAAGGCCAACGCCCCCGUGCACAUCGACGUGGGGGGGCACAUGUACACCAGCAGCUUGGCCACGCUCACCAAGUACCCUGAGUCCAGGAUCGGGCGUCUGUUUAAUGGCACGGAGCCCAUCGUGUUGGACAGUCUGAAGCAGCACUACUUCAUCGACAGAGACGGAGACAUCUUCCGCUACAUCCUCAGCUUCCUGCGCACCUGCAAGCUGCUGCUGCCCGAAGACUUCCAGGACUUCAGGCAGCUGUAUGAGGAGGCCCGGUUCUACCAGCUGGCUCCGAUGCUGGGGGAGUUGGACCGGUGGCAGGCGGAGCGCCAGGCGCGCCGGGCGGCGCCCCUCGAGGUGCUGGUGGUGCGCGUGGCGCCCGAUCUGGGCGAGAGGAUCGCGCUGAGCGGAGAGAAGAUCCUGAUCGAGGAGGUCUUCCCCGAGACCGGAGACGUCAUGGUCCACUCGCUCAGCGCCGGCUGGAACCAGGACCCCACUCACGUGAUCCGGUUCCCCCUCAACGGGUACUGCCACCUCAACUCAGUACAGGUUCUGGAGCGUCUGUUCCAGAAAGGGUUCAGUGUGAAGGCCUCCUGUGGUGGAGGUGUUGACUCGUCUCUGUUCAGCGAGUACGUGUUGGGUCGGGAGGCAUCGGUCAGCAGCACACCGGUCCGGAUCAAACAGGAACAUCUGGACUGACCUGGUCACACAGGAACAUCUGGACUGACCUGGUCACAUCUGGACUGACCUGGGUCACACGGGAACAUCUGGACUGACCUGGGUCACACGGGAACAUCUGGACUGACCUGGACACAUCUGGACUGACCUGGGUCACAUAUGGAAUAUCUGGACUGACCUGGGUCACAUCUGGAACAUCUGGUCACACGGGAACAUCUGGACUGACCUGGAACAUCUGGACUAACCUGGAACAUCUGGACUGAUCUGGUCACACAGGAACAUCUGGACUGACCUGGGAACAUCUGGACUGACCUGGGAACAUCUGGACUGACCUGGGAACAUCUGGACUGACCUGGUCACACAGGAACAUCUGGACUGACCUGGGUCACAUCUGGACUGACCUCGUCACACAGGAACAUCUGGACUGACCUCGUCACACAGGAACAUCUGGACUGAUCUGGUCACACAGGAACAUCUGGACUGACCUGGAACAUCUGGACUAACCUGGUCACAUCUGGAACAUCUGGACUGACCUGGAACAUCUGGACUAACCUGGUCACAUCUGGAACAUCUGGACUGACCUGGGUCACAUCUGGACUGACCUGGGUCACACGGGAAUAUCUGGACUGACCUGGGAACAUCUGGACGGACCUGGGUCACAUCUGGACUGACCUGGUCACACUGGAACAUCUGGACUGACCUGGGUUACAUUUGGACUGACCUGGGUCACACGGGAACAUCUGGACUGACCUGGUCACACGGGAAUAUCUGGACUGACCUGGUCACACGGGAACAUCUGGACUGACCUGGAACAUCUGGACUGACCUGGCCACAUAUGGAACAUCUGGACUGACCUGGUCACACGGGAACAUCUGGACUGACCUGGCCACAUAUGGAAUAUCUGGACUGACCUGGGUCACAUCUGGAACAUCUGGUCACACGGGAACAUCUGGACUGACCUGGGAACAUCUGUUAUAAGUCAUGACACCAUGUUAUAAAUCGUGUGUCAGAGCUUUUUAUAAAAGCUCAGAGCAGCUUUCUGAAGUGACAGGCGGAGCAGUCAGACCUGUUGUUUCCAUGACAACAGGAAACAUGUUGUUUCCAUGACAACAGGAAACAUGUUGUUUCCAUGACAACAGGAAACAUGGAGUCAGAGCCCAGCGAGUGAUAUAACUCAUCCUGUUGGUCGGUUCAGGUUGGACCAGCGCUGUUCUUCUAGACGAUGACGUCAUCACACACUUCACAUCUUUUUAUAAGAUUUUGUAGAAAAUUUGUAUUUAAUGUCUUUGUUUUUCAUGUAAAAGUUGAUAAAAAGGUAAAAAGUU